ACCAAUUAACUACCAAUUGUGGCUGCAAAAUUAACUCUCAAGUUAAAUGUCAGUUCAAAAAUCAUGUCAAAAAAGGCAAAAAAAUGUUGUUACCAAAGAAUUUAAACCAAAGCGCAACUUAAUUAUAAAGUGUUUCUAAGCACCAGCACCACAGGCAAAGCAACAACAACGACAACUUGCUCGGUAUGCCUUGGUAACAGGCGCGCUUCAAAGCGCCUAUCAAAAUCAAUCAAAUAUAUGGCAGCUGCAAGUGUAGUUAUUGACGGCUCCAGCUGCUACCACAGCAGCGGCUGCCAACAGUUCAUUAAGAAAUUCGUGAAAUUUGAAUGCCAAAAAUGUACCGAAGAGGCAAGCAUUUCAACUUAACUUCACGACAGUGAAAUUUGUAUAAAUGCUAAGUGAAGCCAAAGUAUUUCAAAGAAAUUUUCAAAUCAACAGUGGUAAUCAAAGUGAAACAAAGUGCACUUACUUGAGUGAAGCAGAAAAUUAAGUGUAUAAGUGUGAAAAAUAAGAAAUUAUAUUAUAUACAUAUACCUUAUCUCCUUGGACACUUACCUUUCAUCACCGAAAUGGGUGAUUUUUCUGCUUAAACACAGCUACAUAAUACACAUCAUUCAAAUGUGAGUGUAUUCGCUGAGAUUCAUCAAAUGCCGGAAAUCUUAUUUAGUGGGUAUCACGCUGGCCUAUAAAGCGACAGCCAACAUAAUAUGUGAAGAUGUGCCACAAGCAAAAUAAAACGAUUAUGUUGCACACUAAAAAUAAACACAGUAAUAAUGCCAAUAAAAUUAACAAUCUAAUAAAAAUUAGGUUGGAAAAACAACAAAAGCAAUUAAAGCAGACACAGCAGGUGGCAAGUCAUUGGGUACGGAUGAAGCGGAGCGGAAAGAGCAGUGGAAAAUUUCAGCCAGAUUUUGUGGCCAUAAAAAGAAUGUGUAUAAGUGAAAGAAAUAUUUGCGGUGCAAGAAAAUUUAUGCGAAAAGCAACAAAAAAUUUCGGCAGGAAGGAAGUGGAAUAAUCAAAAAACAACAAAAAGAGUGAUUAAAUUGGGAACAGCAACGAAAUAUUAAACGAAGCGGUGGCAUUUAAAGUAAUUUAAAUUAAUUUAAGAUUAUUUAAAGGCAGCAAACAAUUUCUUAGACAGCCUAAGCUUAACCUGCAAGUGACCAACAACAACAACUACCCACUUGCCUCUAACCUUUUGGUUUUCUACUUUGGUCUGCAGCUACAGUGCGUUUCGCAGGAGCGUUUUUUCAGUUAACAUUGUUAUUGCUGCUUUAACCUCGUACUUCCGCCAACAAGACAGACAUUGCCUUCACAAAUCACUGCUGCCCAAGUUGCUGGCGUCACGACUCACACUUACGGGCGGUGUAGCGCUGCUGACGUUGGCAACUGUGCUGUACCGUUGCGUGGCAUGGCGCGACCUCACCAGCCGGCGCAACGAUUUGCAAUUCAAAUGAUUGACGCGCAACAAAAACACAAACACGACGCAACUACAAAUACAACUACUAAGCAGCAAACAAAAACAAAGUAUUAAAAACCGAGAAGAACAACUACAACAACAUAAGAUUAAUAAAAAAAAGACAUUGAAUAGCGACGUCAGCGGCUUUCACCUUUAAAUUGCCUUCACUACGCCACGCUUCAUCCCUUUCGUUUCGUUUUCUAAUAAUAGAAAGUUUCACACUUUUGACACCGUCGCUGCCGUGCCGCCCUUAACCCGCCAUUCCACUUAAAUAAAGCUUCGUUUAGCGCUACCUACCCAGCGACUGGCCGCAAGAGAACGCCAUGAUAACACGUUUGUACAACACCGAGGAGGACCAAGCCCUUUGUUCGUUAAUUUGGGGCAGAAACUUGAGUGCGUCGAAUGCGAACGAACAAAUCGAUGAGGAUGGUGAGACGACACUGGUUGGCAGCGUUGCUGGCGCCACACCAACACUAUACAGUGCACACAGCAGUUAUGGUGCAGGUGCCGGUGGCGGCUCUAGCAGCGGCGGCGCAGAGUCAGACAUACUUAUUGGCAGCGCUGCUGUAAACGGUGCUGGCGGCAGUAGUUUACGUGACGAUUUUUUCAUUGCCAACGACUUCCCUGAGGAUCCACGCACAGAGGCUUUACGUGAGUACUCCUACGGCAUUAUUUUACCAAUAAUCUGCUCGCUUGGCAUCAUUGGCAACGUCCUUAAUCUGAUUGUACUGACGCGAAGAAAUAUGCGCGGAACGGCUUAUAUUUACAUGAGAGCCUAUUCUACUGCAGCGCUGUUAGCUAUCGUCUUCGCCAUACCCUUCGGCAUGCGCAUGCUGGUGCAUAAAGAUCGCGGACGUUGGGAGGAAUUCGGACCCGCCUUCUACACAGCGCAUCUGGAGCUUUUUCUUGGCAACGGUUGUUUAGGUGUGGGUGUUAUGAUGUUGCUGGUGCUAACCAUCGAAAGAUAUGUCUCCGUGUGUCAUCCAGGCUUUUCACGUCCCGUCAUGGGACCACCUGGCAUUGUUGUGUUCCUAACCACACUCGUCACUUUCAUCAUUUACACGCCAAGCGUGUUUCGUGGUGUCCUGGUCAAGUGUAUAUUACACUCAGAUGGCAACUAUGUUUACUUUCGACGUGAUAAUAAUGAAUUCCUAAAGACGCUUUUUUACUCGGUCUAUAAAGUAAUGCUCGAGGUAAUAUUCAAACUAAUACCAACUGUAUUAAUCGCUGGCUUAAAUAUGCGAAUUAUGUUGGUGUAUCGAAAGACUUGUCAACGACGGCGUGAGAUGUUGAUUUCGCGUUCGAACUGUGUGCGCGAUGAGGAUCCAAGAAAAUUCGCCGAAGAACGGAGGUUAUUCUUGUUGCUAGGUAGUACAUCAAUAUUGUUCCUUGUUUGCGUGUCUCCUAUGGCUAUUGUUCACAUGACGAUUGCUUCCGAAGUAUUGCCGAACUUUUCAUUUCAGGUGUUUCGAGCAUUGGCCAAUUUGAUGGAACUCACAAACUAUUCUAUAACAUUCUACAUAUAUUGCUUAUUCAGUGAGGAUUUUCGAAAUACGCUGAUACGCACCAUCAAAUGGCCUUGGGUUAGAACGAAAUUGUGUCAUCAUGUCGAUGAGAUUUCCAAUGCACGAGCAACACCUUUAAUGCAUUUCAACAAAAUAGCGUUACGUAAUCACCAUAUAACGACGACAUCGGGGGUGUGUACCGGCAUGGGACGAUCAAGUAGCAUUUGAUUUGUUAUGCGCAUUGCAUUGUAACAAAAAAGUUAUAAUUAUAUGCUUGUAUGUAUAUGGUAACUCAUCGAUCGAAUGUAAUUAUGAUAAUUCCUAUUGAAGUUGAAACAUAAGUAAGAAAUUCAGAAUGUAGAAAUAAAAUUUGAAAAAGUAAAUAUUAUUAAUAUAAAUUAUAUAUAAUAUUAUAUUUAAAUAAACAUAAAUAAUAUAUAUAUUAAAUUUCUUAUAGUUAAGUAAAUUAUUGUUGAAUAGUAAUAUUGCGUAUUGUUUAAAAAUGUACAGCACUUAAUUAAUACUGAUAUUGCUAACUUAAAAAUUAUAUAAAUUUUUUUGUUAAUAUUUGAACGCGCAGCGUAAAUUAGAUGACAUAUAUGUAGGUCAGAGAAAUGUAAUUAAUAAUUACUAAUUAUCAAAUCAACUUUUUCUUAUCAUAAUCUGUGUUCAUAUAUUUGAAUAUGAAAGUCAAUGAAGAAACGCUUAGCAUUUAGAAAUAUUUGAAUAACUAAGAAAUAUAUUAAUAUAAUAUACAUAUAAUUAUUAUGUUAAACAUGCUACUGAUUUUUUGUUGUAGGUAAAUUUAUGUAAAUAUGAAAUAUAAUUGUUACUUUAGUUGUUAAUAAAGUUAAACUAGUGUACUGUAUAUUUGAAAACUAAAAUUGCUCAUUUGCGAAAACAGGCAUAUUUGGGAAGAAAAUAACCAAAAACCAUAAAAAAGGUCACAUUAAAAACAGGUGCUGCUUCAUUUAUUUGGGAAAAAAUCAAUAAGAAAUAAAAAAAAAAUACCGUUG